CCGGAAGUGAGGCGCUCUGGCCUUGUUCCGGUGCUCUAUGGCCCAGGGCCCGGGCGGCCUGACGUUGGACAACAAAGAUGGCGUCGUCGACGGGGGCGGCGUCGGGGAGCAACUACUGGGAGGAUCUGAGGAAGCAAGCCCGGCAACUGGAGAACGAACUGGACCUCAAACUGGUCUCCUUCAGCAAACUCUGCACCAGCUACAGCCACAGCGGCUCCAGGGAUGGAAGACGCGACAGGUAUAGCUCUGACACAACGCCGCUCCUGAAUGGAUCAAGCCAAGACCGAAUGUUUGAAACGAUGGCCGUAGAAAUUGAGCAGCUUUUGGGGAAGCUCACAGGGAUCAAUGACAAGAUGGCAGAGUACACCAACAGCGCAGGGGUCCCCUCCCUCAACGCAGCACUGAUGCACACCUUGCAGCGGCACAGAGACAUCUUGCAGGACUACACACAUGAAUUCCACAAAACCAAAACCAACUUCCUAGCUGUACGAGAAAGAGAGAAUCUCCUUGGCUCCGUGCAGAAAGAUAUUGAGUCGUACAAAAGCGGGAGCGGAGUGAACAACCGGCGGACAGAGCUCUUCUUGAAGGAACACGAACACCUCCGAACUUCUGACCGGCUGAUAGAAGAGACGAUAAGCAUUGCCAUGGCGACAAAGGAAAACAUGACUUCCCAACGAGGGAUGAUGAAGUCCAUACAGAGCAAGAUGAACACCUUGGCCAACCGUUUCCCGGGUGUGAACAACCUGAUCCAACGGAUCAACCUGCGCAAGCGGCGGGACACCCUCAUCCUGGGCGGCGUCAUCGGGAUCUGCACCAUCCUCUUGCUCCUCUACGCAUUCCAUUGACGGACGCUUUGCGCGGAGAGACAUUUUGAGCGCCGGGUUCCCGUCUCUUCCUCCUCUGCCCCUGGUUUCCGGAGGCAUGGACUAGUAAAGUCCGGGGAAAACUGGCCACGCUCUGGGGAAAUCGAGGCAGAAGGUUUGUUCGGGAUGAUCUCCCCCCUCUCUCUUCCAAACAGAGGGGUUUAGGGGGCCCACAGACCCUCCGCAGGAGCCCCUUUUCCCUUCCUCGCUUUGUUCUCAUCCCAGUUUUGAUUACACCUUUCGCUCAUAUGGGUCCGACUCCCUUCCUUUCGUAAAAUCUUUCUUGCCCGGCUGAGUGAAAGUUGGCUUCACCUCUGAGACAGAGCUUGGGGGCCGAAAUUCCUUUUUCAUGUCCUUUCUUUUCUUUGAUCACAACUCCCAGAAUCCCCCAGACUGAGGAGUUCUGGAAGUUGUGAUCCACUAAAAAGGGACUCAUUUCUCCAAACCUCUUUCCUGAAUGUGUUUAGAAGUGGGCGAGGAAGUUGGAAAUGGCAAACAGCCACAGCUCUCCAAUGGGGAAAAAAAAAGCAACCUGGGUGUGUUUUCUUGAACUCAGCCCUGAAUUCAAAUCCAAACCCCUUUGGAAUCCUUGUUUCCCCAAAAGUAAAACAUCAGAGGCUUCAACCCAUCCAAAGGAAUACAACUUAGGAUGACAUUUUCUGCUUCAGUUCUAACUUUAUCCAGCUGGACAGCAAAGAAACCUUGGAGAGGGAUUUUAUUUUUUGAUCGAAUGGGAGAGAACUUGUGGGGUGGAAGAGAUAAAUAGACUACCCUCCGCACCUUGAAGAGAAAGGGAUUGGGGCAUCGCAUAGGUCCUCCUUCCUGCCCCACUGAGAAGGGACCAAAGCGAAACUUCGGGUCUGUCUGCCGGUGGACGAAGCAACGUCCCACGAGAACGGUUUUGCAUUUAAAAGGCUCUCUUUUUAAUUUACACGGAGAGCUAGUCAGAGAUGUUAUUUUUUACUAUAAGCGGCUUGAAAGCGGGGAAUUAAACAUAGGAAGGAGGCAAGGGUCAGAGAGGCGCCAAGAUGGGCAUCUCUAAACCCUCCUGUCGAAUGGAUGAACGAAAGGCAACAGCCGACCGUUGUGUGAAUGUUUAACAGGCCUCACAUUUUAAGAAAUGGGGUUUGCUUAUGGAUCUGUUCCUUGCCAUUUUGGGGAGUCCUUUUAAUGUUCACCCCUUCCUUUGCCUUGGAUGUCACUUGACCGCACAUGCCACCCCAAAAACCCUGAAACACGUGCCUCCCACCCCGAGUAUCCGAAUUUCACCGUUCUGCUCCUGACAAAUACACUGGAUUGCCCUUUUUUGGGGGGGGAGGGAGGGAGGGAAAGAAAAGCAGAAGGAAAAAAUAAUGCAAAAAGAAAAGAACCGCUGCAAAAAUUUUAUCGCCGCACCAUUUUGACUCGAAAAACAACCGGGACAUUUGGCCAUUUUUAAACUCCAUUUCUUUCCCUUUUCACACGAAGGGGAGCAGCUUCAGUGCUUUUCCUAGGAUCUGUGGAUAACCGAUUGGGAUCCGGCAAAACCCUGCGUCGCUUACUGUGCGGCGCCAACGCCGAGCGUAAACCCGUUACCCUUUUUUCCUUUCAUUUUCCUCCGACGGAUGCCGAAAACAGACACUGUACAGAUGUAACCUCUUUGCCGCACCGAGUUCUUUGCAUUGAUUACUUGUUGAUUGAUUCUCUUUGGCUUCCGAAGGUUCAUUUCCCAUCAUUAGCGCUGAUAGAAAAGAAAACGGAAACGGAAACCCGAGCGGUUUUGUCCGCAAAAGGAACGGAGGAACGGUUUGAUGCUUCCAGCUGGAAAUGAAAUGUUUAUGAAGUCAUUUGAAAAUGAAGAUGAAAGUACAUUUCUUCUCUAAGCGGUGCGUCCAAGAGCGACCCUUGGCUUUUUAUCUUGGUGGUUGUACCCGGCUGAAAGGGGAAAGGAAAUGGUUGCUUUAUGUAGCUGGCAAAAUUUAAAAGCACUACUAAAUAAAAUGCAUUUAUUUAAUCUUA